GUUGCAGAGCGCGCAUAGGUUUAUACAGAGAUCGAGCAAACAUGAAGAACACACCAAUCAUCUGCGUCGUCGCGGUAUCUCUCGGGGCCAUCUCCUUGCUCUCCGGCAGCACCGACGCCACCGCAUGCGCCGGCGACCCGUCCAUGUCCGUCGCCGACGCGUGCCACAAGACGAGCGCCUGGCAGGGCCAGCGCGAGCUGGAGCUCUGCCGGCAGACGCUGCGCGGCGCACGGGACGGCCUCACGGCCAGCGCCUACGGCGUCAUCGCCGUGAGGGCCGCCCUCCAGUCGUCCGAGGCCACCGAGAGCGCCGGCAAGAAGCUGGCGCAGGACCCGAAGAUCUCCGAGGACGCGCGGGCGGUGUACCAGAGCUGCGUGGACAUGUACGGCUUCGCGCACGCGGACGUCGCCGCCAUGGAAGGCGCGCUCAAGGCCUGCUCGCUCGCGGACUUCCGGCGCUUCUGGGAGGGCGCCCUCGCCUCGGUGGAUCACUGCGCGCGGAAGCUCCAGCUCGUCGACGGCGACGUGCUCCGCCGCACGGUGGAGGCGGACAGGGAGAGGAUCUUGCUCGCUUUCAUCCUGGGAGGGCUUUCUUUUCCAAAAUUGUAGUAUGCCUGCCUGGAUGUGGAGAUGUGGAUUUUGGGUUGGUAAUAAUUCGGUGGUAACCCGACCAUAUGCGGUGGUAUUUGUAGUUGUCUAGAUUUGGUUGCAAGGUGUUUCAGAUGAUAAAAAACCUACUGGCAAAAAA